AUGGCUACCAUUGGAAUCAAAUUAAUAGCGAUUUCUAUCGCUAUAAACAGCCGUGAGUUCAGACACGACACCCUCGUGUCCCGGGAGUACUGGUUCACUGCCUAUGACUAUGUGGUGGUGGGCGGCGGCACCGCCGGCAGUGUUGUGGCCGCACGACUGGCCGACGACAUCACCAAAACGGUGCUCGUCCUCGAGGCCGGCCCCUCACAGAACUCCACCACUGAUAUACCUGCUUUGAGACCAUCGCUAAUGAGUUCAGAAAUUGAUUGGAACUACGAAAUAGUGCCACAAAAGUAUGCAUAUUAUGCCAGAAAGGAGGCUCAGAUACCGGUACCGGCCGGGCGUGUGUUCGGUGGGACGUCAACGUUAAGUUACCUAAACUACUAUCGCGAGAGUCCCGAGUAUUUUGAUCUCUGGAGCCAAUCGUAUGGCAUAAAGAACUGGUCCAACAGUGAUGUGCUGCCAUUCUUUCAGAAGUCUGAAAACAAUUUGGACACAAUUCUCGUGCAAAUGCGAGAUAAUAAUCAUCGAACAGGAGGUCCAAUGGCUGUGUCCACUGUAAACCCGGACAUUAUUUUGAGAAAAUAUCUGAUGGCAGCCGAGAAACUGGGAUUCAAUGAGACACUACCCGAUGGGAGGCAACCGUUUGGAGUGUCAGUAAUGCAGAGAAUGAUCACUAAAGAAGCCAUCGCUUUGUCCACUGCUUCGGCAUAUCUCGAGUCCAAAGUCCGCCCAAAUCUCAAUACCUUCGGCAACGCAUUCGUCACUAAAAUCAUGUUUGACUCCAAGAAUCAGGCGAUUGGAGUAAAGUUUCAAAAGGAGGGCAGCUUUUGGAUCGUUAAGGCGCGCAAAGAGAUCAUUGUAUCUGCCGGUGCUGUGGGUUCGGCACAACUGUUGCUGUUGUCAGGAAUCGGACCCAAAGAGCAUUUGAAUGAAUUGCAAAUCCCUGUCAUAUCUAACCUGAAUGUGGGCACAAAUGUCAAACACACGGUGUCUGUUGAUCUCAAUUAUGAUAUUAGGGAUCAAAAGUCGAUUGAAAGGCCUCUCGUAAACACAGAGUCUGAAUACGAGUACUACACCGAACAUACCGGUCCACUCACUUAUAUUGCUUCUGCUGUUCAAUGUUUUAAGGAAAUACAAUACAACAGCACAGGGCUCAGCAAUGGAUGUGUUUUACCUCACAUUGACUUUAUUGACGACAAAAUUGACAAAUUUCUUGACAAGACUUACCUAAGGAAUGAAUGGGAAGACUAUUAUAGAGCAUAUUUAGGUCACUCUGUACUCAAGCUAAAGGCAAUCCUGAGAAGAGCCAAAAGCACCGGUACCUUAAAACUCGAGUCAAACAACGCUUUCGUUAAACCACUGAUAGAUCCACGAGUUUUCAGCGAUCAGUCAGAUGUCGACGAUUUGGUGGAGACAUUGAAGCAAUCGUUUAGUAUAUAUCACUCGUCAUAUAUGUCUGACUAUAUCGACCCUUUUAAUAAUCCCGUUCCCGGGUGUCAGCCCUGCAAUUACGACAAGUACUGCGAUUCAUACCUGCGAUGCAUUGUGUAUACGCUGACAGACUAUCUAUAUUUGGUCGGCACCUGUCGUAUGGGAGGCGCCAAUGACUCGGACGCAGUGGUCGACGAAAAGUUUCGGGUGAAAGGCGUGACUGGACUUCGGGUGAUCGACGCGUCUGUACUACCGGUGCCCACAGAACAGGCGGUCGCUAUCGUUGUU